AGGCAUCGUUACAUAGCUUUAAGAAUAAGUAUGAUGGGUUCACGCAGCCAGGAGAAAGUGAACCCAGUAGUGGCCAAGGGAGAGGCGGGACCAGGAGCUAAAACUCGACCCCUGCAACCACAAUUAGCUGGUGGCCGGCAGCUGGUGGGUGGCAGCUGGUGGGUGGCAGAGAUCAGUGAGGAGCAUCAGUGAGGAACAUCAGUGAGGAACAUCAGUGAGGAGUAUCAGUGAGGCAAUAUUCUGAGUCUUCACUCAUGCUCAGUACCAUCAUCACGUACUAAGUACACGUACAUCAGUAGCACAGUAACAUAGGUCAAUAUAUUAGUGGUGAACCAUGGCGGCGGCGAUCAUCAAGAAGGGACUCCACUACAUUAAGACUAAAGAAUUUAGAGACUAUUUAUUAAGAAGCUGUGGCAGCUUGCUGCAGGUGGUGUUUCUUCUCAGCAUCUAUUCUGUUGACAGCACACACUUCUGGGGGCCUGUUGCAAACUGGGGAAUACCACUAGCAGCCAUCGCUGAUACUAGAAAACCUCCAGAAUUUAUUAGUGGAAAAAUGACAUUAGCUCUCUGCUUGUACUCUGCAAUGUUUAUGAGAUUUGCCAUCAAGGUGCAGCCAAGGAACCUUUUACUCUUCAGCUGCCACUUCACGAAUGAAAUAGCUCAAAUAACACAGAACGAGUACAGGAUCAAGGGUCUCGACCCUCUUAGGGUUAAUAGAAGGUGAUUCUCCUUCCAAGCUGUAACAUCCUCCUCUCCACUACCUCAUGCUUCUGACAGGUAAGUUAAAUUUUCAUUAACUGUAAAGUAGUAUUUCAGAUAAAUUUUCAUUUAGCAUUCAUUUUACAGUUUCCCUGUGCUGUAUAAUUUUAUACGUUGUCCUAUGUAGUAGUUAGUACAUUAUUGGCCCUUUGACUGUCACGACCCCUGCUCAUAAACUUGCUCUCAGUGUCAAAGAAUUUAUAAAAAAUAUUUUUUCUUUUGAAAUGAUAGAGAAUCAUUUCCCGAUGGUAAUGACACCAAAAGUGUGAAAUUUGAUUGAAAACUUACAGAAUUACGCUCUUGCAAAAUUGCGAUCUCGGUGAUAUUUACACAUUGGCGAUUUUGCCCAUUUUGAGCCCUAUUUUUGGCCAAUUCUAUUGUUCCGAUCGACCAAACUCAUAGCUGUUUCUUUAGAACCGAUUUCAACUACGCAAUAAAGUGGUCAGAAAUUGGCAAUUUGGCCAAUUUCACACAAAUUAAAAAGAUGCCAAUUUCAAAAUAGGGUCCAGAAUGAACAAUACAGACAUUCCUGGCACUAAAAUAACAUUUUCUCUGUUCAUCAGUCAUGUCUCCAGGCCCUUCUUAUAUUACUCCUGCUUUCUAUUUUGAAUUUUUAUUUUCACAAAAAAUAGAAGAUCUGCUGUUAUGCAGACUACUGCAUUAUUGUAAUAAUUUUAUAAAUAAUGUCAACCCAUUUGUGACUGCAUAUUAGAAUGGCUAGUUGGACACUUAUUGAACAGUGAUGUCAUUUGUUUACUCUUGAACAUUGGGGAAAAUUGAACA